AUGCAGUCAGAAGCAAGUGUUGUAGCUGCCAGAGAUGAACAACCUCUGCAACAAGUUACAGCGUCAAACAAUCAGCGAGCAGUACCAGAUAACCGAGACAAGGAAGAAGAGGAACACACUAAAAACCCCAGUCGUGGAUCCAACAUCAAAUCCAAGUCUGAGCCAGAUCCAGACUCCUCCAAACCCGAGCCCCCAGGAGAUGUGAGGCCCACGGGGAACCUGCCUGCAGCCUGCAGACUCAGGCCCUCAUCCAUCCAUCACCCGCCGCGUCCUGACCUGCGCUUCACCCCACACCACGGCCAAUCAGAGGGCUCGGUGCACGGUGGCUCGGAGCUUCCCACAAUCCUUUGUUUCAGACAUGACUAA